AUGCCAUCAAACAAACCAGUCGCUCUCGUCGUGGGCGCUUCCCGCGGUAUCGGCAGGCAGAUUGCCGUAGACCUGGCCAAGAACGGCUACAAAGUCGUCGUGGCGGCAAAGACCACCUCCAACGCCUAUGCAACUGUCCCCUUCCCACCGGAUCCGAACUCCUCGCAAUCAACCAUCAACACCGUCGAGCGAGAGAUCAAAGAAUCCGGUGGCGAAGCGUUCGCCCUCCCAGUAGACGUCCGCGACGUGAAACAAGUCGAGAACCUGGUUCACGAGACGGUUCGCCUGGCAGGCCGCCUCGAUGUCCUGGUCUACAACUCCGGGGCGAUCUGGUGGUCCUCUGUGGCGAAUACGCCCACGAAGCGGUUCCAGCUCAUGCAGAGAGUGAACCCAGAGGGUCUUUAUGCGAGUGUGCAGGCGGCAUUGCCAUACUUUGAGAAGAAUGGGUGGAAAGGACGGAUUAUUGUCGUCUCGCCGCCGAUCUACUCGCGGUUCUUUCGGGGGAAGACGGCUUAUGCGAUGGGCAAGGUGGGAAUGAGCGUCCUGACCAAGGGUCUAGCCAUGGAUUUUAUCAGACAAGGGGCGAAGGAUAUGGCCAUCACCAGUAUCUGGCCUGCAGUGUCCAUCGAAUCAGCCGCCACAGAGGCGACCACGAAUGAAGAUCCCAGUCGGAAAGCCGAUCUCAGGAAGCCUACGAUCUUCUCCGAUGCUGUUCUGGGUAUUUUGAACAGCCCCACAGGCAUCGUGAACGGCCAAUUGGUCCUCGACGAGGACUUCCUGCGCGACCAUUGCGGUGUUUCUGAUUUCUCCAAGUACGCUGUUGUCCCUGGGUCUCAGCCACGGCGGAUCAUGCCUAAGGAGUUGCCUGUCCUUGAGGUGGCAGAGCAGGACGAUGAGGGUAUGCGGGUGGAUAGUACGAAGUUGAGAAAGGCCAAGCUGUAG